GUUUCCUAGUGCCUAGCGUGGGCGGGAAAUGACCUCUCCUGGAGACAAAAACAGCACAUGCAGAGCUGACAACGCAUCACAGAUUUCAGUCAUUCCAGAAUCCGCACCAAGUGCACAAAUACACUCUUCCAGGCUCGGACAUAUUAACUUUCGACGCAUAAUGGCACCCGCUCGGCGUGAUGCUUACCGGUCUGCAGGGGGACCACGCGGGGGCGACACAAAAGUUCAUAGAGCACAGGAAACAUGCAUGAAGUGCGCUCGUAUCGUGAGCCGUUUUGUAGGAACAUUUUUUAUCUUCAUUCCAAAAAACAACACAGGUCCGCUUCCGGGUUCCGACACUCGACACCUUCCGGUCAUUUUGCUCAAAAUCCAGCAGUCAUAA